AUGUACAGCCGAGACCACACUCUUUCACCUCUACCGACCGUCCUCCGUCACGGACUCAAAGCAGUCGUCGUCCUCUCCUUCCUCUCUCUCGUCGCGUCACUCGCUCUCUACCUUUACCUCAGCGGCAGGUUGGCCGUCUGGUACUUCCGAUCCGCCCCGAAAAGCCCGGAGAGGACGAUCGAAGCCGGAGAUGGGGCCGGGCUACCCCACGAGAUCGGGGUCCAGUAUUUCGGCCCAGGCCGACGGGCCAAGGGGAGACAGGCACCGAACCAAGCCCUGAUUCUCGUCCUGAAUGUUCUCUUUGCCGAUAUCUUACAGGCCUGCGCUUUCUUCCUCAACAUCGUCUGGCUUGUCGAGGAUAGGAUAUCGGACCAGUCGCCGGCAUGCUGGGCUCAGGGCUGGUUCAUAUCGACGGGAGACCUGGCAUCCACCACAUUCAUUGCGACCAUUGCGGUCCAUACAUACAUCACCCUAGUCCGGGGUUACAAGAUCUCUACCAAAUUAUUCUACGGGGUCAUUUCCUUUUUAUGGUUCUUCGUUCUUUUCAUGUCUGUUCUGGGCGUUAUGAUUACGAACAAUGGUAAAGACACGGGCGGAUUCUACGUCCGCGAUGUUUCUUGGUGUUGGAUAACUCCCGAUGAGGAAGCUAUGCGGAUUUACUUGCACUACCUCUGGAUGGUUCUCCUCAUCAUCACCGGCACCAUUUCCUACGUUCUCGUAUUCAUCCACGUCCACCGACGUGACAAGGCCCUCAGAUCCUCCGAAAAGGCCGGGGAGGAAAACAGCUCCAACAACAGCGUCCUGAGCCCAACCAGCAUGAUGUCGCCCGCGACCGACGACGUAAAGUCUGAGGUUCAUAAGCGCAUGCUGUUCCUGCUAUACCCCCUGAUCUUCUUGAUCUGCACCGCACCGCUCGCCCUCGGACGGAUUCUCGGCAGCAGCGGGGUCAAGCUCUCGCCGGAAUAUCUCUGUUUCGCCGGCGCCAUGAUCACCUCGAACGGCUGGCUCGACGUGCUCGUCUUCUCCACGACCCGCCGCGCCAUUCUCUUCGAUGCCUCCCCCGACGAGCAGAAUCUGGGUCUCGAGACCUUCAACCUCACGCCGCUGGGACAGCAGUUUGGCCACAGGGUGUGGAUUACCAGCGGCGCGUCGAAGCGUGCGGAGCGGAAGCCGAGUGUGUUUCGCAAGCCCUCGCGUUGUCGGACGCGGGGGUCGGAUGGCGGUCAUGACCGGAGCGAGAGCCAGACGUCGCUGAACAGUGCCGAUGUGGAUGGUAUGAAGGGGAUCCAGAUGGAGACUGUUACGCGGGUGUUUAUCGAGGUUGAGUCACCCGCCGAACGGCACGGUUUCUCUUCUCGCACGCUGUCGUCGAUGCCUUCCGUUGAGACUGUUGGACAGAGAGUUGCUCAGAGUAUGGACUCUUUUAGAUGA